CAUGACGUAUUAACUCGAUCCAAUAUGGCUGAAUGUGAGGAGCUUGUUAGUGAAAUGACGGCGGAAGAAAUGGGACAGUUCCGAGUGGAAAUGGAGGAUAUGUUGCACGAUAAUGAAGAGCAGGAUAUGGACAUCGAGUCGGGUGGGUAUGAUCGAACGUCCGUCAUGAUUGAUGGUCAUGUUGGAACGUCAAGAGACGGCCAAGGUAGCGACGAUGGAGACGAAGAUCGCGACCGGCUAAGAGGCGGUGGAGAUUUCGACGGGGAUGGGUACAUUCAGCACACCAUUUCUGCGGAUCAAAUUCAAAUGCAAAUCAUGCCUGGCUAUGCUUUCAUGCCUCGUGCCGAAAACAUAGAAGGAGCUACUCUGACACUUGAAACAAAGAACCCCAAAACAAAGAAGAAAAUGAUUCAAAAGUUCCAUUGUCACUUUGAAAGCUGCGACAAAAGAUACAACUCAGCGGACAAUCUUCUUUCGCAUCAAAAAUCGCAUCCAGGCGACUACAGUGUGAUCUGUUACGAUGGAGAUUGCGAGAAGGGAAUGGCUGAAUCUGGCCAAAGCAAGCAGGGCAAGUCUUCGAAAGAAAAGAGAUUUGUGUGCGAAUAUCCACGUUGUACGCGUUCUUACAGUACUGCGGGGAAUUUAAAGACACACACGAAAACGCAUACCGGCGAUUAUCAUUUUGUUUGUGAUGAAACGGGAUGUGGGAAGGCAUUUCUCACAUCUUACAGCAAGAAGAUCCAUGUCCGUGUACAUACAAAAGAGAAGCCGUACUCUUGUGACAAGCAAGGUUGCGAAAAAUCUUUCAAUACUUUGUACAGAUUGAAAGCUCACCAGAGAAUCCACACAGGUUCUACCUUCAACUGCGACGAGGAAGGGUGCAGUAAGGUGUUCACAACACUCAGUGAUCUUAGAAAACAUGUCCGAACGCAUACAGGGGAACGCCCUUACAAAUGUGACUUUGGAACCUGUGGAAAGGCGUUUGUUGCAAGUCAUCAUUUGAAGACGCACAUAAGAACUCAUACAGGUGAGAAGCCAUUCACCUGCAUCGAGGACGGCUGCAAGCGUGCCUUCACCACGCAGUACAGUCUCAAGAGCCACCAGAGGGGCCACCAUGAGAAGCAGGAUGCCACCAGCCUCUCUGGGCUGGAGGAGGCCGAUGAAGAUCAUCCGGAGGGGGAGGAAGAGGAUGGGGAGGGGUCAGGGGGAGGAGUAGGAGGUGGUGGUGGUGAUGGUAGUCGAGCUGGAAACGUUAAUGAUGAGCAGUCAUUGGAGGAGCAAGUCGUACAGGCUAGCAAUGAGGUUGCAGCUCAGAUAUUGAACACACUGAGUGGAGUUCUGGGCAUGGGUAUUUCUUCCACAACUGAGGUCAUUCAAGCUUCCACAAGCGAAACACCAAAGAUUCAGGACAUCAAUCUAGAAGGCAACGGUCAGCCAAUUAUCCUCCAGGCUCAGCCUAGUAACGUAGCCUCAUCUUCCGCCGUAACGCCGAAACCCGAAACCCAGAUCUCUGUCUCACAAGAGGUUCCUAAAGCAGCUUCCCAAGCGCAGACUGUGACAGUCCAGAACGUUUCUUGCGGGAACGGAACCCAGAACCUUGUCAUCACCAUCAACCAAGGGGCCUCAUCCUCUGUGCCUCCCACCCAGCUGGUCAUCACCCCGGAUGUACUCCAGUCCUUGGUGCCUAAGACACAGACAACUCAGCAACCAGUGGUUCCACAACCAGUGCAGCAGACUGCUAGGAUACAACCUGCUUCAACGGCCAAUACUGUAGCACUUCCCAACCAGUCUAUCCAGAGCUCUGUAAUCCAACCCCAGAUGCACCCUCAGGUUCACAUCAUCACCGGCGGUAUCGCCACCGAUGAACGGACUCUGACGGUUGCACCGCCCCAACCUCCACGCCAACCGCAGGUCCUUCCCACACCCCAACCGCAGGUCCUUCCUACACCCCCAUGCCAGCACCAUUCGCACCAGCUCCAGCCCACCGCUAUACCGGUUUCUAUCACCCCUCAGGGUGGCAUACAGAUCUUGGGGGGGUUACCCUCUGCAGGCGGUACCUUGGUCCAGACCCCCGGUGCCGCAGGGUUAUCCAGCACCUAUCUCAUCCCCCAGUACUUUGCCACCGGCAAUCUAGUCGGUGCACAGAUGGUACCGCUUGAAAUGGCUCAGUAUAUGGGCAUACCCCAGCAGGGUGUUAUAAUGCAACCACCCCAGCCUCAGCUCGGCACCAUACAAACGCAGUUGGGUAGUACCGCCCUGCCCUCUGUUCGACCCGGACAGCACAUUGUGUACCAAGCACCGACAGUAGCAAACAUUGCUCCAACCUCUACUGUGAAUACAAUCAAACCAAUUUCAAUAGCGGUCGCCGAGACUCCUUCUAACUUGAUAAAUAGUCGACCGACCACUAGCAGUCAUCUAUCCGACGAUGUCUUCUCCCCACCGUCCGUCGACAGCUGUGUUUCGAGUCAGGACAAGAGCCACGGGGCACCAGCAGUUCGGACUCCCUCGAGAAGCAACAGCUGUUCUACGGAAGCCUUCAUCAAUGAACUCUUGGGCAGCGAGGUCCAACCGCUGGACUACUCCCAGCCCCUCCUCUCGGGAUCAGAGAACCCUUCCAAGAUGUGUAACAAGUGUAAUUGCUUGUGCGACUGUGACUGCAAGCAUGAAGUCAGGUCCCAGAUUAGUAGAAACAUAGAGAGUAUACUCUCCGGUAUAGUACAGGAUCAGAGUUAGCACCUCUUCUCGUGUACAGACUUAGAAUAUAUUAUUGCUUGCUCAAUAUAAGAAAAAAGAAGUAUUGCCGCAUGAUGUUUUCAGUAUUUUCCAGUCUUCUUUCUUCCACAGUCUUCAAAAAUGUAAAGAUAAAUUGCAAAGAUAAAUUAAUGCCUCAGUAUUUAACACUGACAAGACCAAAACCAGACUGACGCCAUAUUAGCAAACGACUUAACAUUAUUUCACUGUAUCUCGAAUGGGUGAGUGAGUGGAAGGUUUGAAAUCGGUUUGGCGGCGUGACUGGGGUACUGCAUGAAAGUCAUUCUGGAGAGCAUAUUCUAUAACAACCAAAGUAGAUAUGUUUUCACUUACAUGUAGGUGUCUUUGUAUAUUUUCUUUUCAUGUCUGUGAUUAUACUUCGUAUCUGUUUAUAUUCACAAGGCAUUUUAGAGUUUAAUCUGACUCUUUUCUUGGCUUUAUUGUGUGCAUUUGCAAAUGAUAUUUUUAAUUUUAAAAAAAUGCAAACUUCUUCGGAAUUUCUGUGUCCAUUUAAAAUCUCUCGCAAAGCAAGGAAAGAUUUUUUUUUUAUAGAUUUACAACCAUAUCUAUGCAUAGAACCGUAUGAAAAAAAUAAGCUGUUUUCUAUUUCCUUAAAAAUAUAUAUUUCAGAUGAUCGGAAAUAUCCCUAUCUGAAGAUCUGUCUUUAAUAGCUCAAGUAUAUGUAGUCCCAUUUUCUUGCCAUCAGUUUCUAAACCUUAAUAUAUUUUGAUAAUUGUAUUUUCGGACAUUUGCAAGGUAUAACCACUUUCAUAGGUAAUUGAUCAUCUUCUGUAUAAGGAUUAAGAAUCUAAUGUUGCAGUAUAAGCAAGGAGUUUUAGGAUCAACAGCCCAUUAUAAGUGCGUUUAAAAAUGAAAAUCUCAAGCCAGUCGCCUUCCUAGUCAAACAAAAUGCAUUUAAGAAUAUGUAACCUGGCCCCACAAGACCACCAUUUUGUUUGACUUAUUGUGCUAAUGGUGGAUAUUUAGGUCACGGUCAUGCAUUAACACAACUGAACAUAUUACAAGACGAAUCGCCCUGAUUAUCAUUUUCAUAAGAAAUUAUUCACUUGGGGUUUGCUCUUAAUAUCAUUUCCUUUCUCCACGUAUGAUAUUUAUUAGUGAAGCCUUUUCAUGGAUUACAAGUGUCUGACCCAAACCUUUCUCAUGUUCAAGAUAAAGAACCGCAUUUUGCAGUUUGAUUGUCCCUAACUGUGGUGCAUUUCACUUUCUAUUGUACUGUUAUCCAGAUGAUUAUGACAUCUGGGUCCCGUCUUGUAAAGAGUUGAUAUUAAUCUCAAAUUAUUUGCGAUUUAUAUCAAUCGCAAUUAUGAUACUUGAGGGAUAGGAGACUACAAACUUGUGAUCGAUUGGAGGAGUUGCAAUUGAUUUGGAUCAAUCUUAACUCUUUAUAAUAAGACGGCCCCCAGGACCCUGUCCUAGCAAGAGCUGUGAUCGAUUCAAAUUCGAACCUUCCUUAUCUUGUUUAUUUGCAUCAAUGGUACUUCAGUACAUUAGAUGAUGAGUGAAGUUGAGGCGCUCAACAAACCAGAGGUGAAAACAACACAUUGCACUUCAAGAAUGACCGUCUCAGCAUCAUUCAAAACAUGUGUCAGUCUUCGAAAGAAUAAAAGAAUACACCAUUGGCAUACAAUGCGUGACUGCCGUGAUAUUAGUAAAUAGUCCAUCUUCCAAACAAAUGAACAUCUCACCCUUGACAAUAACAAUACAUUGAUUUUGCAACAUGUCACUUUUGACUUUGCCCCAUAUGCAGGUGUACUGCACAUAACUCUAACUGUACAUUCCAUAAUAAUCAUUACAAAUGGGAGUUAUUGUAAAGGAAAUAAGCAGGCUUUUCAAUGACACCAAACUCAAGUUUGGUAAUGCAUGUAUAUUAACAAGAAAGAUAUUGAUACCCAAACUUGAAUCGCUGAACAUUUUUUGAGGAGUUUAGAAGAAGAGUGAUUAAGAUAAGACUGGACCCUGGUAGUUAAUUGAUGUGAAAUACAAUUCAUUAUAUUUAUUGAAUGAAAUAUUUCAGAUUUAUGUGCAAUCUUUUUUGUUUUGUUAUAAUUGUCUUUCUUCUCUAUGUUAUAAUUUAAGUUGACUGUCUCCUCCAAAUAUGGCAUGUAGAUAUGAAUUUGAUGCAUCUGUUUUCUGCUUCUUCGUUCGGUCUUGAAUGUGAAAAACAACAAUUGUUACAGACCCUGUUUACAAGCACAAAAUAAUGGGGGGGGGGGGGAGAGAAUUUUGUCAUUUAUCAUUUUAGUGUAUAUUAUUAUUAUUAUUUAUUUGACCAAUCGGAAAACAUACAAUGAGUAUAACAAUCAGACAAUACAUAAACAAUUUUAGAACAUUCAAAUGGUGAAGAAACUAAGUUCUUAUAUGUCCUAAUUGUGUGUCUCUCAAACCAAGAAGUUAGUUUUUCACCAUGUUUACAUUGUUGGUUGAAUUAGUUCAGUUAUAAUUUUGAUGUAAAUUAAAUUGGAAAUUGUGCAGAAAAUUGUUGGCAAAUGUUAUAGAGAGGCAUCAAUAAUCUUUUCUGAUCUAUGAAAUUUAUGCAGUGUUAUCUUUUAGUCAAUCGUCACAAGCAAAAUAUUAUGUAUAAACCCUGUGUUCUUUGUAUUGUUUACUUUUUAUACUUAGUGAUAUGUACUGUGUUUUUCUUUGCAGCUGGUUUGUAGAAUAAUUUGUUGUGAGUUUUCUUUUUUUACGCCGUGUUUGUGUUUAUUUUCUUACUUUAGGUUAAUAUGCAUCUACUAAUUUAUCACUGUGGCAGUAAUCCCAUUUGUAUCCAAUUUGUGCGUAUAAUGUUCAUAUUCCUGUUAAUCAAGCAAACGGUUAUAUAGCUUUUGUUCUUCUAUGAGAUACAAAUAUCUUCUCCUCUUACGUACAUGUACUGUUUCAGUUCAGACUCAAAAAGGGAAACAGCAAAACAGAAUACUCUAUCGAUAGUAAGGUACAUGUAAACUUGUAUGACAGCAUAAUUUUUUUUUGUGUUAACAAUAACUUAACAUACGUUGAACUCCCUUCAAUUCAUUUCAUUUAUUUAUUUAUUCAUCGUCGUAUCAAAACUACAUCAAAAUGUAAAGUCGUUCAAAUAUAUUGUAGAGGCAAACAAAAGGGAAGCUACAAAAAAGCGGUGUUUUGAAAAGUGUAGCUGUCCUAAAAAGAAUAUUUGUCUUACAAAUAAAUAGUUGUUCAGAGUUUAAUGAAUAUACUUUGUGGGUUAUUAAAAUGGUGCAUGUACUGAUACCUGAGGCCUAGAAAAUUAAAUAGGUACACAGGUACACCAAUCUCAAACAAAAUGUACAUCCUCAUUUUGUAUUAUAAGCUUAUGUAUUCAGUCCUUCUAAUCAUGUAAGAAACUAAAUACACUGAAACGGUGAAACCUGUCUAUAAAGACCACUCAAGGGGGACAAGAAAAGUGGUCCUUGAAGGCAGGUGGUCCUUAUGAACAUGUUCCUGUUGUACAGGUUUCUAUGAGAAACAAUUGUGAAGGGAAACAUAAAAGAUAUGGUCUUUAUAGACAGGUGGUCUUUAUACAAAGGUGGUCGCUAAAGCAGGUUUCGCUGUAUUAUGAAUAGGUUUGUUGUUCUCAAUCUCUGUGUAAAAUGGUAUUACUGGACAAGAAGUGUUUAUUGCCAAAGAAGAGAAAUUUGUUUAGUGAAGGGGGCAAAAAUAAUGUGAUUAUCUGUACAAUUCUCUUAAAUAUUUGUAUUAAAUGCUGGUUUUAACUACAGUGUAAAUUGUUGUAUUCAUAACCAAAAUGUUGAAAUAUGCUCUGCAUCAACUCAUAUCUUACGCAUGUCACAGUGUUUGAAACAGGUCACGUGUUAAUCGUCUGUGUCUUGCUCAAUCAUGAAGCGUUCACCAUCUCCGCAUGGGGGUUUUACGACACUUGCACCUGUGACAGUGGCUAAGCAUCAAUUUGGAGCUCUAACCACAUCCUUGACUAUCCCAUCCCUCAUAUAGGACGUUAAAUGGAGGUCCUGUGUACAGGAGAGUCACCACCCUUGCACGUUAAGAACCCACUGCACUAUUCUUGUAAGAGUAGGGGGAAACCCCGGUGUAUUGGUCCACCUGCACACCCUAAUCAGGCCGAGUAUAAACGGCAUCUGUAAGAAUCUUCAGUAUUGAAGAAGGCAGAUUAUCUUGAAGAAGAAGAAGAAGUUCAACCCCUAGACCCGAUCCCAUACCUAACCCUAACCUGAAAUCCAAUUGACAACCUAGCCCUAACCCUUUACCUAAUAAAGUCUGGAGCAAUUGUCACAGGAGCAAAGUCGGGUCACCCCAGAAGUGAAAUACUCAAAGGGUAUUUGUUAAAGCUUGUUAAUAAUGUUCAAACAUCUCCAACACCUCCUUAAAAAAGGAUUUGAAUGCAAAUCAAUUGUCUUGCAGUCAGUGUUAGAAAAUGUAUCUGUGUGAUUUAAUAGUCUUGCUGUUUUUAUCGAUAUUCGAUUCAAACUUAUGGAUUUGUGCGAGUAUAGAACUUAGACCCUAAUAUUUUCACCCCGUGAAGGCAGAGCUUUAUAUUGUUCGGUGCUCCCAAAAAAGGUUGUUACUACCAUGAGAAAUACAUUGCUUUGGUGGCCGUACGAAGAGCAGCAGAAAAUACUGCUAAAAGAUCUUGUAUAUUACAAGGUUUAUUUUGUUCAUAAUUAUUAACUGAGCCAUAUUGGCUUUCGAGUCUUGGUUGUUACAUUACAUGUAUUGUUAUGCAAGGUUCUAUUGAUAAUUGUUUUUGUUAAGUUUUUACCUCCUAUUUGCCAAAACUCCCUGGAUUAAUGAGAAAUAGGGCUUCACAUGACUUCAAAAAAACAUCUGAAAAAAACCUCUACAAUUCUUAAUUUGUCCUUAGAUUAAUUGAAGCACGCUUUGUAUCCUCAGGAAAAGGUGCAAUAUAAAUCCUUAUAUUAAAACUAUUCUUCUUAAAUUCAGAAAAAGUAAAAAAUAUGUUUUCAUCUGCCCAAUUCCCUGCCCUGCCCUUAACAAUGAAUAAUAAAAACUGUGUUUAUAUCAUUCUGAUAGCAUAAAUAGUUUAUUAUUACCCUCCUUGAGCUAAUUAUCUUGGUAUUUAAAGAUUCAUUCCAAGAAAGGAAUCUUACGAAAAACAAAGAAAGAAGUUGAUACAGUUUUGUUUUGUUAAGACCUAGAAAUAACUUUGUCAAAACUUGUAUGAAAUGUGUAUAAGAGUAAGGUUUAAUAGAAAUGAUCAUUGUAUUUGUUAUUAUCAAAUAGUUUUGUAUGUGUAAAGAAGUGCUUGUGCAUAGGUUAGAGUUAUAUUUAAAUAAAAUGAAAUAUAUAUUUGAAUGUAGAUAUGUGCUAGUGUGCAAAUAGCUUUUUAUUUGGCUCGACUUACUUUUUUGCAUAAAAAGACAUUAUCAAACAGCAUGGAAGGAAGUCUAUGGGUACCGUAGAAAUUGCAAGAAAAUUUGAUUGUCGCUGCAUUAUCUCUUUUUAUGAAUGAGAACCUCGUAAAUAUGUUGAAUUCUGAACAUGAAAUCGACAUCAAACGUCUCAUUUCAUUUCAAAUAUGAUCUGAGCUCUAGUAUUUCUAUCAACUUAAUGCUGUGACCAGAUAUACACAUAAUAACAGAAAUAAUAAUCUGGAUUUAUAUAGCGCUUGAUACGAAAUACUGUCUCUAAGCGCUUAACAGAUAUUAUUACCCCGGUCAUCACUUUAACGCACCUUCUCCACUCCCUGAGGAGUAUUAAUACCAUAUUUUCAUUGUGAGGCAAUUGAAAACAUGAAUGCGUUCGUCAUCCUCCCAGGUCCCCAUUUCUCUCCUGGUGUGGAGCGGCAAAUGUAGAUAAAUGCCUUGCCAAAGAACAUUAGAGCUGUGUCGGGGAUCGGACCCACCAUCUUUGCAUUCCAAGUCAAGUGCUUAAACUACUUGAGUAUACGACACCUCUACUUAUGUGGUAGAUAACGUAUGGAACAAAAAAGCUUAGCCUAGCUCUUGAGAUAAUGUCCAUGUAGGUAUGAAUGGGUUUCAUUUAUGACCAUGACUGUUUGAAAUAAUGAGUUAUAUUUUUGUGAAUAUCAUCAUACCAUCGUUAUUUAAGUGCCAUAUUGGAGGGGUGUUUAUACGUUAUCAUCCAUGCAUCAAUAACAGUUGCUCGCAUUCAUUGCAAUAAAUGAGUCAUGUAUCAAA